CACAAAUGACCUUUUUUUGUUGCCGAUAUGACACCCCUUACUUUCCUUUGUUUGCACGGUUUACUUUUCCCUUUUUAUCCGAUAUCUGAAUGAUGCCAUUGGACUCUUGGUUUGUAUUUAAAUAAAGAUUACAUUUGUUUUUUUGUUUUUUUUUUACAACAGAAAGCCUAUCUUUUUUAUUUAUUGGAAACUGUUUGCCGCGAUGUAAAUGUAAGUGUAAGAGUAGCAUUUGUGUAGUUCAGUGAAAUUGUGAUACUGGUAAAUAAGUAGCAGUGACACUUUGAUAAAUAUGAAGCAAUUGCAGUGCAAUGAGACCCGUGAAUGUAUGGCUGGCAAGCUUUUGCAGGCUACCUGCCAGGAUAUAAGAGCAGGUCUUGUUCACAGAACACCAGAGUGAGGAGGAGCUCUCAUCUGCAGGUUUGCGCUCACAUUCUUUUCAUCGUCUCUCUCACCCAGAUUGCUAUGAUUCAGUGAGCCUUUUGAAUCAUUUCAUUUUAAUAGUUUGUCGUCAGGUCCGUUGUCUUCGACAUCUGAAUUCCUCUCUAAAAUGCUGACUGGGGGUGUAGUUUUGUGUGCCAUUGCGGCACUGGCUACAGCUCAAGCAGAUUGUCCACCUGCCUGGACCGAAUACAACAAGCGGUGUUUCUACUACGAUGCGACAGUCAAGACCUGGGUUGAGGCUCAGGCACAUUGCCAGUUGUUCGGAGGGAACCUUGCAUCUGUACACAGUGACGAUGAAAAUGCAUUCAUUCGGACGCUAACCCAGGGAACUACGUGGCUUGGAGGCUCAAAUUGCCAAACGACGGGAGCUUGGCUCUGGAUGGACGGUACACAGAUGCUGUUCAGAUUUUGGUGUCCACUAAAACCAGACAAUGACCUGACACAGUGCUGUCUACAGACGAACACUGGCGUAAACAAAUGCUGGGAUGAUGUGCCCUGUAGCGCUGCCCUUCCGUUUGUGUGUGCAAGGCCUCUUUAGGGAUUCCAGGUAUGUACAUCCAGCCCGACUCUUGUUCGAGGAAAUAACGUCUCAGUAACACACAAACAGGCCUUUGAUGGCGUUGAAAGAAAGGAAGGAUCGAGGCUGAAGCUCAACAUGCUGCGAUGAGACGUGUAGCAGGGAUUUUUUGUUUCCACUUGAUGUUGCUCAUGUUAAAUAUAAUUCCACGCACACUCCAGUUACAUUCGCAAGAAGAGUACAACGAUUGAUGGAAUGAAUUAUACGAGUUCAGGCGUAGUCAAGGGUUUUAUUGCUCGAUAAUCGUAUCGUGGGGGAAAGAUUGUAUCAGGUCGCAGGCGCAUCUGUGUUUGUUUGCAGGAGGAAAACGCAACGGAUGAGAGCAGUUGCGACCUGUGCUCGCACAGGAUGCGGUGACGUCACCGGAAGACACGCCCGUGGAGGCAAAGGAGACCAGAUCGGAGAGGAAAGCAAGACCAGGAUCCGAACCCGUUGCAGACUCCAGACUCUUACUUUUGCUAUACCUUAAUUAUACAUUUUGUAAUUGUUAGUUCAUAAAUCGAGGACCGUGAAUCCAAAAUCUGAGCAAGAUCUGGAGUCAUGUUGGACUACAUGGACACGCAUCGCCCCUUCAGAUUUAGAUUGUCAUCUCCGUUUUUAGCUUACACAGAAACGAGAUGGAACUGAUUCAUCAUUUCAUGUUAUGCACUUAACAGUAUGAUAUGAGUAAAAAAAUAAAAUGAAAAAUCUGAAGCUCUAA